AAGAAAAAAUAUCGGAGGAUAAGAGCGGCCAUUGUUAGGAGAACGUGUCGUUUUAGAUUGAGAUUUUACGUUUUUUAAACGGCAAAAACCUCAAACUUUUUAAUGAUAUUAGACGCAAAGAUGCCUCGUUCGAGAAGGAGACGCGAAGGGAGUUCGGAUGAGGAUAGCGUUUCAAGCUAUCGACGAAAAAGGCAUCGUCGUAGUUCACCCCAUGGUACAACUUCGAGUAGAAGUACUUAUCGUAGCCGCCGUUUAAAUGGGGACAGUGAAAGCAGCACCAGAAGCCUACGAAAGCCUCGAAGGAGUAGAAGUAGAAGUGAACGAAGGCGGAGAAGAAGAGACCGAUCUGAGUCGGAAUAUUCCAGGGAGAAGCGGAGAGGAAGAAAGAACGAGAAGAAAGAUGAGACAUACGAAACCGUACAAGAUGAUCAAGAUGGCCACCUAAAGUACAAGCCUGGCGAUUGGUUGCAUUCAAGAUAUGAGAUCCGUGGCAUGUUAGGUGAGGGCACAUUUGCCAAGUGCUUAGAGUGUUAUGACAGUAUUAGGAGGCAAAAUGUUGCUGUGAAGGUUAUAAAGAAUGUUGAUCGCUACAGGGAGGCUGCAAAGAUUGAAAUUAAGGUUCUGGAAAAGAUCCGUCAGAACAAAUCUAACGACAAGAAUUUGUGUAUCAUGCUGGUGGAUUGGUUUGAUUACCAUGGUCAUGUGUGUCUGAUAUUUGAAAGAUUGGGUCUCAGUGUUUUUGAAUUUAUGAAAGAUAACAAGUACCAAGGAUAUCCUUUGGAUCAAGUGCGACAUAUUUCCUACCAGUUAACUGGAGCAAUAAGAUUUCUUCAUGGAAUGUCGCUAUGUCACACUGAUCUGAAGCCGGAGAACAUGUUAUUUGUCGAUUCCUCGUAUGAUCUUUACUACAACGAGCAAAUGAACACACAAGAUAGAAUUGUCCGUAAAACUGAUAUCAAAGUUAUUGACUUCGGUUCAGCGACAUAUGAAGAUGAGCACCAUAGCAGGACCGUUUCGACUCGACACUAUCGAGCACCCGAGGUUGUCCUUGAACUGGGAUGGAGCUACCCAUGUGAUAUUUGGAGCAUUGGAUGUAUCAUGUUUGAGUUAUACACUGGAUUUACCCUGUUUCAGACGCAUGAAAACAAGGAACAUCUUGCUAUGAUGGAAAGAAUUUUGGGACGACUGCCCUCAUCAAUGUGUUGGAAAUCAAGAAAAACGAAGUAUUUCAGCAAUGGAAGACUAGACUGGGAUGAGAGAAACAGCGAUGGAAAAUACGUUAGGGACAACUGCAAACCAUUACGGAAAUAUGCUUCAAGCAAGGAUGAAUCUCACAGAUCAUUCUUCGACCUUCUGGAGUGUAUGUUGGAAUAUAAACCUGAGAAUAGAAUAACAGCUGCGGAGGCUUUGGACCACCCGUUCUUUGAUAAAAUGUUUUCCCCCAGCAGAACAGACAGUAGUUCACCACGCACCAGCAGGUGACAUCAGGCCUGAAUGAAUGGAUGAAUGAGAUAGCAAGUAGUAUUUGGGAAAGGAUUAGAUCU